GCUAAACACGGCUAAAGAAAACCUGCUACCACUUCAGGAUCAUCCAUCAGCUGGGACUGAUUCAUCGUGUGUUCUUCACCACCUGGACCUGGACAGCAUGGACACAGAUGUUCCACAGCUGGUGCUGGUUAAAGAAGAAGCUCCUGAAGAACAAAGUGCUGGUGUGGACCAGCAGGGUGCUGGUGUGGACCAGCAGGACCCAGAACACCUCCACAUAAAGGAGGAACAGGAGGAGCUCUGGACCAGUCUGGAGGGAGAGCAUCUCUGUUUGAAGGAGGAGACUGAAGCUGUCGGGUUUCCUGUUACUGCUGUUUCUAUAAAGAGUGAGGAUGAUGAAGAGAAACCUCUGGUCUCACAGCUUCAUCAGCAGCAAAUAGAAGACAGAGAUGUUCCAACCAGCAGCUCAGCUGACCAGAUGGCAGCAGAAACUGGUGGAGGAGCAGGAACUAGCAGGAACCCAGAUCUGAACCCUCAUGAACAAACAUCUGAUUCUUCAGAGACUGAAGUUAGUGGAGAUGAUGAUGAUGAUGAUGAUGUGAAUCGGGACUCUGAGCUGUCAGACUCUGGGUCUGAAACUGGAGAUGAAGAUGAUGACUGGAAUGAGAGCAGGUCUUCUGAGUCAGAUGAUCUUCCACAGCAUCAUGUCUAUGAAAAGGAGAAGAAUUUGACUAUCCAGCAGCUCUUUAACCAGGAGUUGAUCUCCUGUUCAGACCAGGAAGAACCAGAACAGCUAAAACUUUUCCAACAUGAAGGGCAGCUCCUGAACCAGGAACAUCUUACCUUCACGAAUACUCCUUUGUCUGAAGAAACAGACUGUCAUGAACCAGAACCAAACAGGAACCAGCCAUUGUGUCAGAGUUCUACAGAACCUGAGAACCAACAUCAGGGUGGAUGCAGAAAAGAAAACUCAGAAUCAAACGACAAUGAAGAACUGAAACUGAAUAAAAGGCGUCAGCGAAGCAAAGAACACAGAGAAAGUGUAAGUGGUGAAAUACUAAAAAAAAACAAGAGGGCUCACAGAGGUGAGAGACCAUUUUAUUGUAAGCUCUGUGGAAAAUAUUUCAGUCACAAAUCUGAUUUAAAUAUUCACGUGAGAACUCACACAGGUGAGAAGCCAUAUCCAUGUAAAACUUGUGGUAAAUGUUUUGCUAUCAGUGGUCACUUGACUGCACACAUGAGAACUCACACAGGUGAGAAGCCAUAUCCAUGUGAAACUUGUGGUAAAUGUUUUACAGACAGUGGUAGCUUGACUGCACACAUGAGAACUCACACAGGUGAGAAGCCAUAUCCAUGUAAAACUUGUGGUAAAUGUUUUACAGAAAGUGGUAGCUUGACUAAACACAUGAGAACUCACACAGGUGAGAAGCCAUAUCCAUGUAAAACUUGUGGUAAAUGUUUUGCUAUGAGUGGUCACUUGACUAAACACAUGAGAACUCACACAGGUGAGAAGCCAUAUCCAUGUGAAACUUGUGGUAAAUGUUUUACAGACAGUAGUAGCUUGACUGCACACAUGAGAACUCACACAGGUGAGAAGCCAUAUCCAUGUAAAACUUGUGGUAAAUGUUUUACAGAAAGUGGUAGCUUGACUAAACACAUGAGAACUCACACAGGUGAGAAGCCAUAUCCAUGUAAAACUUGUGGUAAAUGUUUUACAGAUAGUGGUAGCUUGACUGCACACAUGAGAACUCACACAGGUGAGAAGCCGUAUCCAUGUAAAACUUGUGGUAAAUGUUUUAUAGACAGUGGUAGCUUGACUAUACAUGUGAGAACUCACACAGGUGAGAAGCCAUAUCCAUGUAAAACUUGUGGUAAAUGUUUUACUAACAGUGGUAGCUUGACUGCACACAUAAGAACUCACACAGAUGAGAAGCCAUAUCCAUGUAAAACUUGUGGUAAAUGUUUUACUAACAGUGGUAGCUUGACUAAACACAUGAGAACUCACACAGGUGAGAAGCCAUAUCCAUGUAAAACUUGUGGUAAAUGUUUUACAGACAGUGGUAGCUUGCCUGCACACAUGAGAACUCACACAGGUGAGAAGCCAUAUCCAUGUAAAACUUGUGGUAAAUGUUUUACUAACAGUGGUCACUUGACUGCACACAUGAGAACUCACACAGGUGAGAAGCCAUAUCCAUGUAAAACUUGUGGUAAAUGUUUUACAGAUAGUGGUAGCUUGACUACACACAUGAGAACUCACACAGGUGAGAAGCCAUAUCCAUGUAAAACUUGUGGUAAAUGUUUUACUAACAGUGGUCACUUGACUAAACACAUGAGAACUCACACAGGUGAGAAGCCAUAUCCAUGUAAAACUUGUGGUAAAUGUUUUACUAACAGUGGUAACUUGACUACACACGUGAGAACUCACACAGGUGAGAAGCCAUAUCCAUGUAAAACUUGUGGUAAAUGUUUUACAGAUAGUGGUAGCUUGACUACACACAUGAGAACUCACACAGGUGAGAAGCCAUAUCCAUGUAAAACUUGUGGUAAAUGUUUUACUAACAGUGGUCACUUGACUGCACACAUGAGAACUCACACAGGUGAGAAGCCAUAUCCAUGUAAAACUUGUGGUAAAUGUUUUACAGACAGUGGUAGCUUGACUGCACACAUGAGAACUCACACAGGUGAGAAGCCAUAUCCAUGUAAAACUUGUGGUAAAUGUUUUACUAACAGUGGUAGCUUGACUAAACACGUGAGAACUCACACAGGUGAGAAGCCAUAUCCAUGUAAAACUUGUGGUAAAUGUUUUACUAACAGUGGUAGCUUGACUAAACACAUGAGAACUCACACAGGUGAGAAGCCAUAUCCAUGUAAAACUUGUGGUAAAUGUUUUACAGACAGUGGUAGCUUGACUGCACACAUGAGAACUCACACAGGUGAGAAGCCAUAUCCAUGUAAAACUUGUGGUAAAUGUUUUACUAACAGUGGUAGCUUGACUAAACACAUGAGAACUCACACAGGUGAGAAGCCAUAUCCAUGUAAAACUUGUGGUAAAUGUUUUACAGAAAGUGGUAGCUUGACUAAACACAUGAGAACUCACACAGGUGAGAAGCCAUAUCCAUGUAAAACUUGUGGUAAAUGUUUUACUAGCAGUGGUAUCUUGACUACACACAUGAGAACUCACACAGGUGAAAUUUGAUUUCAUCUUCUAUGAGAUUCAUUUUCUUUACCUUCUGAUUUGAAAAUUCACACUUGAGAUUGUAUUCAUUAAAAUAUGAUUGGCAACAUACAUAUCAUAGAUGCCUUAAAGUGCUCAAGGCAUGGGUGGAGACUUAUUUCAUCCACACUUCCUGUUAGAAAAACGCUUCUGAAAAGUAAUUAGCUGACAACAUCACAUUUUGUAGCUUGCCUUAGGAAUGUAGAUGUGAUUGAGCACAUGCGCACGUGAUUUAAGACACGGGUGGUCUGUGAUGUCACAAGCACACGUGGGCAGGUCAAAAGCGCAGAGAAGUCCGCAGUGUCCAUUAUUAAACAAAAGCAGCCUAAGUAGUUUUGCUUUUGGACACUUUCUGACUUUCAUAUUGCAUCCUGCUUUGCUGGGUCUGGCAGAUUGUGUGUGUGUGUGUGUGUGUGUGUGUGUGUGUGUGUGUGUGCGCGCCUCACAGCAGUGAGGGACAGAAAAAAAAACAGCUUUUGUGAGAGGCUCCUUAAUUCCACAGCAUCAACAAUAAUGAAUCACGCAUGCGGGAAGCCUCCAGCAGGCUGAUUCCCGCCGCCAAUCGGAGUUAUUAAUGGUAGGCAUGCUUUUGAGUUAGCCAAUCAGUCAGCAGUGGGCGUGUCGGCCCUGCUCAGCUCCAGAUGGACCUCCUUGGGAAGAGGGCUGGAAAGACAUCUGGAGAGAGAAAACUCCUAACCCAUGCCAUUAUUUUACUCAGAUCUUUAACUUGUGGUCACAUCUGCCCCGUGAAGCCGCUAGACACACACACAGGGGCCCCUCAAUUCCUUCUGCUCCACUGUAUUCCCUGCCACCUCCUGACAGGUAUGACAGCUCUGCUGUGUGUGAGUAUGGACUCCAAGCUCCUGUCUUUAAGGUAACUGGAGGCCUAAUUGAGGAUCAAGAGGUUGUUUCGCCCACACUCGUAUAGGAAAAAGUACUAGUUGACUUAAACUGACACAAACAAAAAGGGAACUUGAAACCUUGGCCACCCAAACCACAAGCCAAAUGAGGGAAUGCUCACGUCUCGCUCCUCCACAUGCUCUCUGACAUCACAUUUUCUACAGACAGUCAUGAUUCAGUAUGUUGAUGACAUUUCAAUAGCCUCCACACCUUCUCAGACUUGUCUGUCAGACACUCACUCCAUUCUGUCCAUGAUCGCUUCAGCUGAUUUCAAAGUUUCCAAAACAAACUCAUGUUGUAGGUCUGUGGUGCCAUUUUUGGGAC